ACAUUUUAGCGAUGAUAAAUUAUCAACAUUAAAUUGGUAACUUUUAUUUAUCUCUAAAAAGUCACCAUUUAUAACUACAUUUUAUGGUAACAUUUUGCUAACAUUUUCAUAUUAUAUUUUGUUAACAUUUUUAUGUUAACUUUAAGACAACUUUUAAAAGUUAUCUUUUUCAAAAGUACUUUUUGUUACCAUUUUGAUAACAUUUAGAAAUAGCAAAAAGUUGACUUGGAAUAGAUAACUAAAAGCCAACAAAAAGCUGAGCUGGCCACUUGGGGCUCUAUUCUCCAUGACCCCAACGUAACUUUCUAUUUCAUGGGCCAAAAACCGAAUGGGUGUAAAUGCAGCUUACGAUUUUCAAUUUCCAAUUUUUAAAUUAACAAAUAAUGUGUCAGUAGAACAAAAUUCAAAAACGCGCAGCAGAUCAUUUAAAAAUCGGCACCCGCGUUUUAUAAAAUUUCAUUAUUUCAAUUUUAAUUCAUGUGUUUAAAAGUUACAAAUCGUCUCACAUCCGCUACAGUCACUCAUCAAAAUUUGUGAAAAUUGGGCUUAAAUAUUCUGUCUUCACUCCAUUUUAUUACAAGUCACGCUGGUUAAAAUUACAAGUACUUGUAGGUUAGUUGACAAUAGUCGUAAGUUACUCGGAGUUUUCAAUAAUAAAUAAUCAAGUGUCGGGCAGUUAAAUACAAAUAAAUUAAUCAUGGAACACUGGGUAAGAUAUUUAGACAUGAUGAAUUCAAUCAAUAAAGGAGAUACGCAAAGAGUAAGAGAAAUAGCAGACAAAUUUGGUUUAUCAUUCUAUCCAUUGUUGGAUAAUGGACAUCAACUACUUUCUGUUGCCGUUGAAAAAGAUCAAGUAGAAAUGGUGGCGUAUUUAUUGCGGAAAAAUGCAAAAGUUAACAGCAAUCGUGAUGUUCUGUCACCUCUUCAGAUAGCCGCCAAAAACAACAACACGAGAAUUUUCAAAAUGCUUCUGGAACACGGGGCUAAAAUAAGUGAUAACAAUAUUCAUAACAAUAAAUCACCAAUGAAGUUUGCAGUCGAGCACAACAAUAUUGAGAUCGCAGAACUUAUUGUUAAGCACAAAAAUUUUGGAAAAAAAUAUGAUCAGUCAUUACUGCAUAUGGCUGUCAAGUAUGACAAGUUCGCAAUGGUCUCAUUAUUAUUAGAAAUUGGUAUGGAUGUCAAUGAAUGUGACGUCGACAGAUCAACUCCAAUCCAUCACGCAGUGAUGGCCCGCAACAUAAAUAUUUUGCAAUUAUUGAUAGAUUAUGGAGCAGACAUUAAUGCUGAAAAUCAAUAUGGGGAGACUCCAGUUUAUUUGGUUCUAAAGGAUUCGUAUCACUCAAUUCAUCUAAGGUCUCAUAUUUUUGGAAUCCCUUUAUCUGUCAAUCCACAGAAUAAAAGUAAAUUGGAUAUUCUCCUAGAUAAUGAUGCAGACAUAAAUAGUCUCGAUAUUCGUCAAUGUCCUUCACGUUGGGACUUUAGUAUUCACGCUCUUCUUUCUGGUGAUGAUAGUAUUGCAGAUGACGAUAAUUCGGAAAACAUAAAACGCAUUAUUAAACAGAUUGUAAAGUUAAGAAGUCAGAAUGCACCACUAUCUAAUAACAAUACUACGUUAUUGUCUUCUCUCAUUAAACACAAACAGUUUGAUGAUUAUAAAAAAAUAUGUGAGCAAGAAGUGUCGAGAGCAAUGAUAGAAAAAAUACCAAACUCGGGGAUUUCAUUUCAUAAUAUUUUAAGCAAAAAUAGUAAUUUUUUAGCAGGGUGUGCAAAGAAUAGAGCUCUUCAGACGUUCAUAUUUUCGGAUGAAGUUUCACGUCGAUUUCCAGUUUAUGGAUCGGGUAUGAAACUUCGCUUUUCGAAAGGAUUACCAAGGAAAAAUUUAUUGGAAAAAAGUACUCAACUUUUUCAUAAUCUUUUCCCCGUUGCGUCUAAAUUGUUGAUUGAUGCCGUCGAUGAUGUAUUUAAAUGUUUAGAUAAUAAUGAUUUAAAACAUUUUUUACGCAUGUUCCAACAAGAUAAUUAAUUGCGAAAUAUAUCAAACAUGUGAUUUUGAAGUUGUUCGACAAUUAACAACUAUCGGAUUCUUGUUUAGAACAAAUCAGUUACAAAAAAAAAGAUACUAAAGUUGGCCAACGUCUAAUAAUUUUUUUUUUUUUUUAAACAAUAAAUUAUUAAAAAAAUAUUUCAACAAUUGCACCUAUAAUUUUUUUAAUUUUUUACAUCAGCAUAUUUUUUUUUUUAUUUUUAAAUUAAAUUGUUGUGAAAAAAAUCCAAAAAUUAAUAAUUGUCUGCUAAUUUCAGAAUCGUCUUUUUCUUACGUUUUCAAAAAUCCAAAAAAAGUUUCAAAAAUUUUUUUUACAGUCGGAAAGUGCGCAAACGCCACCUAGGAAACUC